AUUUGCUUUAAUUCUGCUAGUCCAUUAAGUAAUUUUGAAGGGGAAGACAGAAGUGAAGCACUUCUCCGAAAAAAUGAUUAUCAGUUUUUAAAAGAGGUUUGUGGAGAAGCCCCUGAUGACAAAAGAGAAAAGUUGUUCCAAGAAAUUUUUUCUAAACUAAAAAAAGAAAAUGAAGAAAUAAAAAGUAAAAAAGAUUUCGGAAAAGCAAAAGAAAAUCAAAUAAGACAAUAUCUUCAAGAAAUAUUUAAAACUGUCAAGGAACAGUUGGAUGAAAAUACUGAGCAGGAGGAUAAAGAGAAAGAUGAUGACAUUGACUCUUUAGUAAAAGAAGUUGAGGGAUUUGAAUCUAAUCUCAAGGAUUUACAAGGAAAAAUCAAAAAAUCUCUUCAAAAACUUGCUAAGAAGAUUGCUGAUUUUCCUAAGAACAAAAAAUACUUAAUUGAUGAAAAAAAGGUGACAAAUUCCAUCGUUGAACUUUUGAAAAAAGUGGAAAAAGUAGAAGAGGCUGUAAACUUUUCCAAAAAAGUGAUUAGUGCUUAUUUAGAAGGGAAAAAUUUAUCUGAGAAGGAAACUAAAAAUUGA